CGGAAGAACUGUACGCUUCACUGGCAUCUGAAGAUGAGCAUCAUGAGUAUUAUUUUUUCCAGAGAUUUAAGAUGGAACUUCACUUCAAGAAUGUGAAGAAGGAUUUAUUAAUUGAGGAUGUCUCUGGAAAAUCGCUUUCAGCUUUGAAAAUCUUUUCUCUGUCUAUCAAAUACCUUAAAGAUCAUUGUCUCCAGACCAUGAGGGACAGAGGGAUCAAACCUGGAGAAACAGAAAUCAAAUAUGUCUUGACGGUUCCUGCCAUUUGGAAUGAUCGUUCAAAACAAUUUAUGAGAACUGCAGCUGUUCAGGCUGGAAUAAAAGGUGAUUGCUUAGAGUUAGCUUUGGAACCAGAAGCAGCUUCUGUCUACUGUCAGCGAGUCCCUCUAGAAAAUCUAAAACUUGGGAAUGGGGAAGCUAUCACAGUUUCUGGCACUAAAUAUCUGGUUGCAGACAUUGGAGGAGGUACUGCAGAUUUUAGCGUUCAUGAAGUUGAUGAAGACGGGUCAUUAACAGAGCUCUAUCGCGCCAGUGGAGGACCUUAUGGAGGGAUCUACGUUGAUGAGAACUAUCUUAAGAUAUAUGAUAUUAUUUUCGGGGAAGGGACGCUUGAACAGCUUAGAAUUGAUGAUAUGGAAGAAUAUUUGACGUUUGUUAGGGAAUUUGAAAACAAAAAACGCUCAAUUACUCAAGACUUUCAGACGUCAUUUACAACGAAGCUUUCUGUGGUAUUAAAUGAAAAAAGACCCCUAGCCGAAAGAUUGAAAGUUGUUGAAUCCACCUAUUUAAGAGAUCAUGUAAAAUUUGUGAAAGAUAAGUUAAAAAUUUCUUCUGGAUUGAUGAAAAGUUUUUUCGAGGAAUCACUAGAUCAGAUCACGAAACACAUACAUAAAAUUUUAGAGACAAUUCCAGAGAUUGAAAAUAUUCUCAUUGUUGGAGGUUACGGCGAAUGUAGCCUGCUACAAGAAGCAUUCAAGAGGGAAUUUUUUAGCAAACACAUUAUUAUUCCAAAUGAAUGUAGUCUGGCCGUUAUUAAGGGGGCGGUGCUUUUUGGACACAAUCCGCUGGUAAUAUCUGCAAGAAUACUGCGUUACUCUUAUGGAUCUAGAGCUAACCCAAGAUUCAACCCUGAACAGCAUCCACAGGAAAGUCGAUACAAAGAUAGAAAUGGAGUUGAGAGAUGUUGGCAUGCUUUCCGUCAGCUUAUUGCUAGAGAUACAAAAGUACCUUCAACUGGGAAAAUGGUUACUGAUUCUGGUAAUCCUCUUUAUGACGAUCAGAAAACGUACACUUUGAAAAUAUAUUGCACAGAAAAAAUCAACGCUAUGGUAGUGGAUGAGAGCUUUCAGCUGGUUGGAGUUCUAAAGAUUUCUGUACCCGAAGAUACCAAAGGGAAAUGGAAAGCAGAAGAGCAGUUUAUUUUUGGCAUGACAGAAAUCAAGGUGUCUGUCACAGUGAGGGAAACUGGAAAAACUGUUCAAGCUACAUUUGAUUUACUCGAAUAAACAUUUAGGAUCACAGAUCAUAAAUAUUAGAAAAUUUCUCAGUCGGUUUUUACACGAAUGGGAGAAUACGAUGUGGUCACAAGCAUAAAAAAUUAUUCACAUUAGAUGUGACCAUAAGCAUUGACCACGAAGAUAUUUAAAGCAGAAACACUAUACCAUAAAAGGGGUUGUAUCACGGGUGUGGUGUUUUUCUUUUGAAAUAAAGUGUGCAUAACUAGAGAUACACCGAUGGGCGAAGUCAGCAAAAACUGUGCCUUGUUAAUAUAUUAUUGAACACUAAUACAAUUUGAUUCAACAUUUCGAUUAAUAUAUAAAUUUUGAAUUACAGAAUUCAAUGGGCUUUGUUUUAUACAAAGACAAACUUUCUGCCAUAGAAAUAAAGUUCUUUCACAUAAU